AGUUCGUCGCCCUCCUCUCUCUCUCUCUCUCUCUCUCUCUUCUCUCUCCUCUCCAGGAAUCGCCAUUGUCGAGCAUUUGUGCAGUCGAGAGGAGAUGGGUCUCAGCAGCAGAUGCGCCAUGAGCGUUCUCUCCAUUGCGCUUCUCUUGCUCCUCUUGGCUCUCGCGAAUGCCAAGACCCGCGACGUCACGGAUUUGCAGAUCGGCGUGAAGUACAAGCCAGAAAAAUGCGAUAUCCAGGCUCACAAAGGUGAUAGAGUCAAAGUACACUAUCGGGGAAAGCUGACUGAUGGAACUGUUUUCGACUCCAGUUUUGAAAGAGGUGAUCCCAUUGAAUUCGAGCUUGGAAGUGGUCAAGUAAUAAAAGGAUGGGACCAAGGAUUAUUGGGUAUGUGCGUCGGUGAGAAGAGAAAGCUUAAAAUUCCUGCAAAACUUGGCUACGGAGACCAGGGUUCACCACCGACUAUACCUGGUGGAGCAACACUCGUCUUUGACACUGAGCUUGUUUCUGUGAAUGGAAAGCCAAGCGAUGCAACUGCGGAUGACAGUGAGCUAUAGAUGGGUUUGUUUUCCUGUCAAGAGCUUCAGCAAAUUCUCCCACCUUUCCGUUUCUCUAUGGUAGCCCAACCAUAAAUCUUUUCAGCUUUCACCUUAGCUACCAAGUUGUUUUUAGCUCUCACAGAUUAUACUUCCAUAACUUAAUUCUGGAGCUGUUGAGAGUAUACUUAAUUUAUUUUACUAGACAGUUCCGGC